UAUUAUAUCAUAUCUGGAUUCUGACAAUGACGUGAAUACUCUUUUCAUUCACGGGUGUUUCAUUGUUUUGCAUGAUUGCCUCUGGCAGACUGCUGACUUGCGCCGCGUCUCAAGCUUGAAGAAACGAGAUUGGUUGUUUGCAAGGGAAGCAAGUUAAGCGUCUUCUUAAAGUGCAUUUUAUCCUGUUAAAAGGCACCAAAGUCAUCUCAUAUUCCCCAUGAAACAGUGAAAGCUUUUCCGCAAUACAAAUGAGCCCCAAAGUCAUUUCCCUCUCUGGCCUGAUACCUGUCGUUCUGCUAUUGUUUGCUCAUCUGAAUAACCCACACACUUCGUUCCUGAGAGCCUUGCUUGAUCUUGCAACACCUUCCCUUCCAUUUCAUUUGCUCACAGUUGGCUAUUUCUCCAAUGAUCAUUGCCUCCCCGAUGAAUACAACCCGCUUUGUGACGAUUUCCCGCCGGACUUCCCACCUCCUGACAUGGCGGAGACAUCAAUCUUCUGCGUCGACCCCAACGGCUGCUGCGAUUUCACCAAGGUGCAGGAUGCGGUAGAUGCUGUCCCAAGAUCCAGCCACAAGAGGAAUGUUGUGUGGAUCAACAAGGGCAUCUACUUCGAGAAGGUGACAGUCCCUGCAACCAAGCCCAACAUCACAUUUCAGGGGCAGGGAUUUGACCUGACGGCGAUUGCGUGGAAUGACACCGCCAACUCGUCGCAUGGCACCUUCUAUAGCGCUUCGGUCACUGUCUUCGCGGCAGGGUUUGUCGCAAAGAACAUUAGCUUCAUUAAUGUAGCACCUAUCCCAAGACCUGGCGCUGUUGAUGCUCAGGCAGUCGCUCUCAGGAUCGGUGGUGACCAGGCAGCAUUCUGGGGCUGCGGCUUUUUCGGUGCGCAAGAUACGCUUCACGAUGAUCGAGGCCGGCAUUACUUCAAGGAAUGUUUCAUUCAGGGCUCCAUUGAUUUCAUCUUUGGAGAUGCCAGGUCACUGUAUGAAAAUUGCAGAUUGAUUUCCAUAGCAGACCCUGUGCCUGCAGGGGUGAGAACCAUCACCGGUGCAAUUACAGCGCAUGCCCGAGAAUCUGAUGGUGACAACACCGGUUACUCAUUUGUCAACUGUAGCAUCGGCGGCACAGGUAGGAUAUGGCUUGGGCGAGCAUGGAGACCUUACUCCCGUGUCGUCUUUGCAUACACUUUGAUGUCAGACAUCAUCGCCUCUGAAGGAUGGAAUGAUUGGAAUGAUCCUUCAAGAGAUCAGAGUGUAUUUUAUGGAGAGUACAAGUGUACAGGUGAUGGUGCAAACCUGGCAGGUAGAGUGCCAUAUUCUUUGAAGCUCAGUGAUGAGCAAGCAUUGCCUUACUUGAACACAUCUUACAUCGACGGAGACCGAUGGCUGAAACCAUACUGUGACUCACUGAUAUCUGCUUGAAGAAAAGAAAUCAUAGAUGCUCAGUCUACAGUUAUCCAACAUCGUGUAACAGAAAAAAAGGAGGAAACUAGUAGAAUCCAUUCUUUGGAUUUUCUCACAUUAAAUCAAUUGUGCAAAGAACAGUAUUCAAAAUUUCAGAAAUACAUUGAUUUUGAUAAA